ACCAGUUUUACCAUCCCUAACGUAAUUGGAAAAAAGAAAAAAGUGUGCAAAUAAAUAAUUUGCUGAUAAUAAAACAAUAGUGUUUCAUUUGCAAAAAAAAAAAAAAAAAUAAGUGUUAUUUGUUUAAUAAAAUUGUUUGCCUGCAGUGAUUUUUCAAUAAGGUGUUUGGUUUAUAUUCCCCUUAAGAAUUGAAACGAAUGAAGGUUUUUUCAACAUUCGACUUAAACUAAAGCAAGAAUUAUAAACGAAAGGAACAAGAAUACCUAAUAACACAAAAACUACAACAACUACAACCACAGCAGCAAUAACAUUAGCAGCAUACAAGCAAAUUUAGUAACUUGAGUGAAUGGGAAUACGAACAAAGAAAAAAAGUGUGAAAUAGCGCACAAAGAAAAAUCCAAAAAAUAAAAAAUCCUAAUAAUAAAAAAAUGCUGGUGCAUUGAAAACAGAAAAAUAAAGUUUAAGCAACGAAGCACAGGAUUUAUUUCAAAACCUUCCCCCUCUCCAUACUAAAGAAUAUAACAACAGCAACAGAAAAUUCUCUCCAACAAAAGCAACAAUAUACAUUGGCAGAGUAAUAAAAUCUCACGAAUUAACAGUUCCAUACAUAUAAUUGAGGUGUAAAUAGAGGAAACAAAAAAUCCCAAAGGAAAAGGGUGAGAUUAAGUGUAUGUAGUAAAUUAGUUAGAAAUAAACACAGAGAAACAAAACAAGAAAACCAACAACAACAACAAUAAUUAAGAGGAGAGGCUUAAAGUAAUUAAACACAAAACAAAGUAAAUUGCAAUUAAAACGACACAAGACACGACGUCAACAAAACAAACAAUACAACAAGCUACUGUUGCUGCCGCUGUUAGUGGAUUACCAAUAACUACAACAUCAUCAUCAUCUACAACUACACAUCAACAAACAUCACAACAACAACAGCAAUCACAAAAAGCUUUAACUGCUGCCCACACUUAUCCACAGCUUCAGCAACACCAUCAACUACAUUUACAAUUAAAUCCAACAACAGCGGCAGUAGCAGUAGCAGCAUCAACAACAUCCGAAGCAGCAACAACAUCAGCAACAGCAGCGGCGGCAGCAGCAGCCACUUCCUCCUCCUCCAUUACAGCUAAAACUUCAAAACCGCAAACAACAAGUGCAGCGACUACCAGCCGUAGUCGCCAUAAUCGACGUAGUAACAGUACCGGCAUCACCACGAAUCCACACGGUAAAAGCGGCGGUAACACAACGGCGUCUAAUAUUAAACAAAGCGCCAGUCGCAACAGCAACAUACGCAGUUCUUCGUCCAAUAGCACAAUGGCCUCUUCCAAUCAUCGGGGCGGGGGUGGCGGCGGAGGAGGCGGUGGAGGCGGAGGCGGUGGUCCCUCUAGUUCAGGCUUACAAAUUGGCUCAGCGUGGUUUCAGCGCAAAAUCAAUUUACGACCACAACAUCGAGGUGUUCAUUUAGUAACUGAAGAAAUUCUAAGACAAAUGCCUGAAUUGGGACAAUUUUCAGUGGGAUUAUGUCAUGUGCAAAUUUUACACACAUCAGCGAGUUUAGCGUUAAAUGAAAGUUGGGAUCCAGACGUCAGAGACGACAUGGAAAUGAUGUUAAAUAAAAUAGUUCCCGAAGGUUUACCCUAUAGGCAUUCAUGUGAAGGACCCGAUGAUAUGCCUGCACAUGUUAAAGCCUGCUUUCUUGGUAGUUCAUUGACAAUCCCCAUAACGGAUGGUAAAUUAUCAUUGGGCACCUGGCAAGGUGUUUGGUUAUGUGAACAUCGUGAUCAAGCCGGUUCCCGCAAACUAGUUAUAACAUUAAGUGGGUGUCCGCGGGAGACAGCACGUAGUCCACUGUCGCCAGUAUCACCAAUUGCCUCAACAUCCAGUUAG